AUGUCGAUCUCAGAGGAGCUAGCGGCGUCGCUGGGAGUGGCUCCCUCCCUGAUCACCCUCCUGCUCUGCCUCUUCUCGUCCAUCCCCGCGGCUCUGGUCGUGCGCUUCUUCCCGGGUCCCACAUUGAAGCAUCUCUACAGCAUUGCUGCCGGAGGGGCUCUCUGCUGGGUGGCGUAUGGCGGCCUUCACGGCAA